AUGGAAGAAGUUCUAACUCGCAACGUGCUUGUCGAACCAAAGAUGAUGUUACAGUGCCCAACUGGUGUAGCAAUGGCCUUUACAAGCGAAGAUUGUGUCAAGUUCCCAUCCAAUAUAACAAUUAUAUUGGGGUAUCUUUCUGUGGUAUGUCUUGUUGUUUCCACAGUGGUUGGGUAUCUUUCCGUUUUACCCUUACAAAGGAAAGGCUGUUCCACACGAAGCUCUGUUUCAACACACUGA